AUGAGUAAUUGGAAGAAUGUGAAUAAUUGUAAAAAUUGUAUAGAUUGGGCUAAAGAAUAUCUAAAAACAAAUCUUGAGAAUCUUUCGGUAGAACAUGAAGGUGUAAUGGUGAAAAUUGCAUCUGUGACAGAAUGUAAUGGUGAUGCAGAAUUGAAUCAAAGGAAAGGAAAACUGAUUCCGAUUUAUGAUUUGGUGAUAGAUUUGACAUGGUCUGGCACCGGUGUUGAUGGAACUGAGUUCACUGGGAAUAUUAAAAUUCCUGAACUUUUACAAGGUUCAGAAAGUGACUGUGAGAAGGAUUCUAUUAAACAAGUAAUUCGUAAACAUUUGACACCUUUGCUUAUAGAAAAAUUCAAGAAUAUUGGAAAAGACAUGGUAGAAACUCAUAGUAAAGACGUUUAUAUUGAACCAUCUCAACUUGGAGCUCCCAAUCAAAAACCAAUUACACCUAGUGAACCAAUCGCAAUUGAAAUGCAAACUUCAGCAGAUCAAAUCUAUGAAACUCUGCUUGAUCCGGGUCGUGUUACUGCUUGGACAAGAUCAAGGCCAGACAUCUUUAGACUUGUUGGAAGCAAGUUUAGUUUAUUUGAUGGAAAUGUUACAGGCACAAUAUUAGAAUUGGUUCCAAAUGAAAAAAUAGUUCAAACAUGGCGCCUAAGAACUUGGCCCAAAGAUCACUUUUCUACAGUCACGCUUAGAUUUGAGCAAACAAGCGACAAUACAAUGGUUCAUCUAACACAAGAAGGAAUUCCUAUUGGAGAAGUGGAUAUAGUGCGACGUAAUUGGCAAAAUUAUUAUUGGAAUUCGAUUAAAAGUGUAUUCGGGUAUGAUAUUUUCUUAAAAAUUAAUUCAUCUAAAUCUUUUUACAAUAAUCGUAAUAAUAAAAUGAUUAUGGUGAUGGGUAAUAAUGUGUUUAUAGUUGGUGCAAUGAUUUGGGGCACUUUUAUAAUGAAUUAA